GUGCUGAAAGAGCAAGGAAAAUAGAGAUUCAACCACACAGAAAAUGCUCAACACGCGAAUAUCCCAAGCGCGGUAGGCCCAAGCGCCCUGUGUGUUUGCAGGGUGUGGAGCCGUUUUUGGCAAUGCUUUUCGCUCUCCCCCGAAGCCACAACGACACGCAACCGACGCCCGACUGGUGCGCCUCUAGCGGGCGACUCGGAGAGCAAAACGUCAAUCGCCGAACGAAGAAAACGUCUGCGGACGUGUGUGCUUCCCGUGUUCUGGCCAAUUUUACCACCGAAUUGACGUCUAUCUACACCAGGGCAAGCUAGCCACCGUUUUCCGGCGCGAUAGUGCUACGAUAAUUUCGCGCCCACAACUCAUUUGCAAGUGCGUGCGUGCCUUACGGAACGGCGGCUCGGAACAUUUGCAACCACAGCAUCCCGAGCAUCCAACGCUAAACAUUGCCUCGCAACGAGGAGCUGUAUUUGUUUCAGCUGUCAAAAAGGACGAACAGUGCGUGCGAGUGUUUGUGUGUGAGCAACGUGUGUACGUUUGUGUGCGUGUAUGUGUGCACGAUUACAGCGCGCGUCGUGCAAGCUGACAGAUGAACCGACAGCAAAGCAUCGUCCAUUUAGAAAGAAUCUUGUGAUUCUUCUCCGCCAAGGAUGCCAGUGCUGACCUGCCGGUGUUCGUAUGUGCUUGAUGAAACGGUGCGUCGUUGUGUCGGCUAGUGGCUAGUGGACCGAUGCCAUGUUUCGCCGGGUGUUCGCUACCCCGUUGGUGGACUGGUAGGCCCUACUAAUCCACCCAUUGACGGACGCGUGAGUGUAAGAGAGCUUUGCACAAUUCCACCCCGAUUGACAGACAAUCAGUGUUCUGCCGAUAUUAACUCGCAGAAAGAAGAUCCGUACACGGGGCUCGUAAGCCGGCGGUGCUGCACAGACACGGACAAUUACGCGAUGGGACGCAUUCCUUGCUUUAGGCGCACGCUGGCGGACCGGUGGAUGACGAUCGGAAUAGUUUUGCUGUGCAUGGUCAUCGGUAGUGUGUGGGCCAAUCCAGAUGCCAAGCGGCUGUACGAUGAUCUGCUGAGCAAUUACAAUCGACUGAUAAGACCUGUCAGCAACAACACCGACACGGUGCUGGUUAAGCUAGGAUUACGAUUGUCACAGCUGAUCGAUCUGAACCUGAAGGAUCAAAUCCUGACGACUAACAUUUGGCUCGAGCAUGAAUGGCAAGAUCACAAAUUCAAAUGGGAUCCUGCUGAGUACGGUGGCGUCACCGAGCUGUACGUGCCUUCCGAACACAUCUGGCUGCCGGAUAUUGUGCUUUACAACAAUGCUGAUGGAGAAUACGUGGUAACAACGCUUACGAAAGCCAUCCUUCAUUACACGGGAAAGGUCAUCUGGACCCCGCCAGCAAUUUUCAAAUCAUCGUGCGAAAUCGAUGUACGCUACUUCCCAUUCGAUCAACAGACAUGCUUCAUGAAAUUCGGAUCGUGGACGUACGAUGGCAAUCAGAUUGACCUGAAGCAUAAAAAUCAACUGAACAACAGCGACAACAUGGUGAAGAUUGGAAUCGAUUUACGCGAGUACUAUCCCAGCGUGGAAUGGGACAUUCUUGGCGUGCCAGCCGAGCGCCACGAGAAGUACUAUCCGUGCUGUGCCGAACCCUACCCAGACAUUUUCUUCAACAUCACAUUACGACGCAAGACACUGUUCUACACGGUGAACCUGAUCAUACCGUGUGUCGGCAUCUCGUACCUAUCCGUGCUGGUGUUCUAUCUGCCGGCCGAUUCGGGUGAAAAAAUUGCAUUAUGCAUCAGCAUCCUGCUAUCGCAAACCAUGUUCUUCCUGCUGAUAUCGGAAAUCAUCCCGUCGACCUCGUUGGCCCUGCCGCUGCUCGGCAAGUAUCUGCUCUUCACCAUGAUACUGGUCGGGCUGAGCGUUGUGAUCACCAUCAUUAUCCUCAACAUACACUACCGGAAGCCGAGCACUCACAAGAUGGCACCGUGGGUCCGGAAGUUCUUCAUACUGCGCCUGCCCAAGCUGCUACUGAUGCGAGUCCCGAACGAUUUACUCAAGGAGCUGGCAGCAAAUAAGAUUAACUACGGUAUAAAAAUCAGCAAAAGCAAGUUCGGUGCUGCGCUGGCCGCACACUCGCAAAUGCAACCCAACUCCGGCGGUUCCAGCCCGGACUCGAUACGACACAUGCAGGGACGGCCAGGUGGAUGCAACGGGCUACACUCGACGACAGCCACUAAUCGGUUCAGCGGAUUAGUUGGUGCGUUGGGUGGUGGACUGAGCGGGCUGGGCGGCUACAACGGAUUGCCCUCGGUAAUGUCGGGCCUGGAUGAGUCACUCAGCGAUGUGGGCACGCGUAAGAAGUAUCCGUUCGAGCUGGAGAAAGCGAUCCACAAUGUGAUGUUCAUACAGCAUCACAUGCAACGGCAGGACGAGUUCAAUGCGGAAGACCAAGACUGGGGCUUUGUGGCGAUGGUUUUGGAUCGUUUGUUUUUAUGGUUAUUCACGCUAGCGUCGUUAUUCGGCACAUUUGCGAUCCUGUGCGAGGCCCCAUCGCUCUACGAUGACACCAAACCGAUUGACAUCGAGUACUCCAUUAUCGCCCAGAAGCUGUUCAAUCUUACCGUCAAGGAUACGCGCUCCUAAGGGUUGCGUUUCCCUGGGGCAUAGGCGGCCGCACGGUCCAUGGUCACACCAUCGUGGGUGGGUUAACAGGCGAUUGAUUUUAAUUUUUUAAACUUCAACAAACACACGAAAGAAAAAAAUGCCGAGCCCGGCACGAGUACGGCACACUACCAAGUUCUUUGUUUCGAUGCGCGAAGGGUACUAACUUUUUCGUCUCUCGGGUCGGUUCUCAUCAUAAAACCAUCAGCAACAAAAGCCAAGGGCAAGGAUAGGGGCGGUUACAGGACAGCUCAAGCGGACAUCGCUGGCGCUGCUUGUGGUAACCAUUAGUUUGGUCACUUUUUCGGUGUCAUUUUAGUCGGUCGUUGCAUUUUAGUGCGCCAGUUUUUAUCCCGUCUUUGGCUCUGCUUUCGGGCGCAGUUACGCACAAUUGAUGGCAUUUAGUAGGUUUUACGUAGACUAGUACGCGGUGCACCAGCGUGCGUUAAGCCACACGGAAUCAAUAGGUUAGUGCGUGUGUUGAUUGACGAGUACAGACUGUACUUGUAAGCCAAUUUUCUAUUUAAGUGGACAAAAUUUAAGGCAAAAACUCAAAAAAACCAGACUAGCUAUAGAAAGAACCAAUCCACCAUUCAAGUAAAGCAAUAUCCAGAUAUUUUGUUCUGUUCUUGAAAGCAAAAGACUUCACCACAGCUUGAUAGCUUUGUUUUGGCACGUUGACUUUAGCAUAAUUUUUUUAAUAUGUUUUUAAAAAGGUUAGUGAUCAAACAUAGAUAGUCUGUUGAGUGCGAAAACAACCGAUCUUUUAUUUAGUAAUGAGCGUACGACUCUCACCACGAGUGAUCUUCGUGAAACUCCUCCAAUUACCUUUAAAACCGAAACUAGAUGGAACUGUAUUUUUCUAUUUGCCCCUUUGUAGACUUUCCAAUCAUUCUUGCAAGGAAUGGCACGUAAAGUUGCUUCCGAAGAAUCACUCCUGCCUCGCUCUCCUGCAAAGUUUAGGAGAAAAGGCUAAUGAAACAAACACACUCCCAUUCUAUACCACUGCAAUUCAAACCGAAAAAGAAAACCACAAAACCAAGCCAAGACGAUUUAUAUAAAAUCGAUAAACAGUGUGUCAACUAAAGCAACUACAAUUAUUGGAAACAAGAUUAACAUACAUUCAACUAAAGUAUUGAUACUAAAUGUAAGCUAAGGACUAACAAUUGCACGGAGAUGAAAGAAGCGUACCAGGCGUACGCGAUGGUAGGAAGGUAUCAAACGAUUCACCUAACGAAGAAGCGAAAACAAAAAUAUCUUCAUCAACAAUGGCCACCAUGACAAAGUGUCAAUGAUGCAUGGAAAUUGAUUUUCAGGGUUAAUAAACGAAGUAAAGUAUCCAGCGGGAAGUUGCCGAUGUACUCAAGCGUAAGAAUAAAAUCAUAAAACAGGUGAAGAGCAUCUAGCGGCUACCGUGGAUACAUUUUAACCUAGCCCAAAAUUGAACAACUAACACACACACACUCAACUUUGCGCUCGUAUAAAAUCAGUGCUAGGGAGAACAAUGUUUUGUAGUGAAUUUGAAAUUUUCUUUCUUUUGCUACAAUAGUGUGUAAUGCAAACAGGAAUGGAGAAAAACGCCCAUUAAAACAUCAAAGAAUAUACGAGUAAAUAACAAUAAAGAACGCACACAUACUGAGAAAGAAUAAAAGAAAAACUACACACAACAUCCGCACCUACAAACCCAA